UAAUUUAUCGCAUAAGUUACAUGUCAAUAGAAUUUAAGUUCUGUGUUCACAUUUGUGGAGGAUUGUGAAGAGGGAGGUGUGCUUUCUUAGAGGAGAGGGAAACUACUGGGAAAUGCAGCUGAAAUUAAAGGGUAUUUUAGUGAUGGAGAGCCCCUUAGCUUCCCCUUUGAUGCAGGUAAUGAAACGGUAACAAAUGUACAUUGCCAAAAUAGGGAAAUUUCCAAAAUAAUUUAAAAACCCUAGACUGUCCUCAGCUGGUAUUUAUAACACCCAUAAGCCCUCCCGGUCUACCAUCCAGAUCAGCCUCUGCCCCUCCCUCUGCAUUUUGUACUUUUGUCCUUCAGAACAUUUGAGAGCAAAAACCAUGAUUCUCCCAAUCCACCUUUCCUAAGUUGAAAAAACAGAUAUGCAUAGAAGUAUAUGGUAGAGAGAUGAAGGGUCGAUCUUCUUCAAACCAAAGAAGCAAUGGAAAUUGAGAGAGUUGGCAAGAUUAAGGAAGAGUUGCCUCAUCUCUCUUGUGCCCGUAUCCGCAGUCUUGUGUAACAACUGACCUCUUCAAGAGCCAAAGACCCAUGAAUCCUAAGGACCCUGACUCUUUUGAUUCUGAACAGUUUAAUGGGCAAAAGACGAAAUUUGGUGAAGGGUUCAAUGAAUCAGCACAAACCCAACAACCUCAGCCACCUCAACAGCACAAGAAGCAGGUCAGGAGGAGACUCCACACUAGUAGGCCUUACCAAGAAAGGCUUCUUAACAUGGCUGAGGCUAGACGAGAAAUUGUCACUGCACUUAAGUUCCACAGAGCCGCCAUGAAACAGGCCAAUGAACAGCGGCAGAAGCAACAAGAAACGCAGCAGCAGCAACAAGCACAACCCUUGCAUCUUUCACCUCCUGCAUGUUUUGAGCAAGAAUCCAAGAUGAAGUCCUGGAGAAAUCCCAGAAUAUACACAUCAACCACUGAAAACUUAUUUUCUUAUCAGGAUAGUUUUACCUAUUCAUCUUUUCCUCAUUACCCUGCUCCUCCUUCAAAUUCAUUCCCCUGGGCUGCUUCUCCAAUCCCUCCUCCAUCUGCCCCAGAACCCUUCAACCUCACCCUACCAAGCCAAACCUUAGGCCUCAAGCUCAAUUUUCAAGACUUCACUAACUUAGAAACCACACUUUACCACAACAACAGCAGCCUAUCAUCACCUUGCACAUACUCUCCAUCAUCAUCAUCAUCUUCCCCUGGUCUCUCUGUCAGUACCACUGAGGAAGUUCCUUCAGUUGCCACCCCACAUGAGAUGGGGCAUACUGCCAUGACUGAUGUCACUGAAUCCUACGGUGGAGGUGGUCUGCAUUAUGCCAUGGAUGAUGAGGACAUGGCCGAAAUCAGAUUAAUUGGAGAGCAGCACCAGAUAGAGAGGAAUAACACCAUGAAUUCAAUGACAUCGGCAUGGUGGUUCAAGUUCUUGAAGGCCAUGGAGGUUGGACCAGAAGUGAAGAUAGAGCAUGAUGGCUACCAGCCAUUUGAUCAAGUCAUGGAGUUUCCUCCCUGGUUGAAUGCAAAUGAGAGCUGCUUGCAGCAACAUCUCAGUGAUUAUUGCCCUGAUGAUUACAUCCAAGAUCCUGCCUUGCCUUGGUAAGCAUCCAACCAAAGUUUUCCAAACAUUUAAUUUUUUUCAUUUUUCCAGAGAUGUUAUCAAUUUGGAACUUUUAUUUGCAUCAAGCCUCCAUUGCCUUGUGUGUACUAAAAAAUUUGAUAUCUCCUUUGAAUUUUUUCUCAUGUAAUGUUGGAAUCAACAGCAUGGACAUUGGAGAAAUUGAAGGAAUUGAUGGGGAGUGGCUUGCUUGACAAGGAUUGAUUAUAAAAUUUUAAUUAAUCAAAUCUUUGCUCUUUUUUUCAUCGAAAUAUUCAUAGUCUCCUUUUCCUUUUUUGGUACUUAUAUUUUAGAAACCCCUUAAAUUAAUCUAAUAAGGCUUGCAAAUAUGUUGGAAGCAAGGAAGGAAGCCAUUGAAGAACAGAACAAUGUUAGAGAGCAAAAUUUUAAUUUUUCCUCCUAUUUUAGUUUUUUUACGUUGCAUAUUUCGUGUUGCACUCAAUUAUUAUCAAUUUUAGCCACAAUCAUGAAAGUUUCUUUC